AUGCCCUCCACUACAGCAUCCAUUGAACAAGUCGCCGGUCAAAUCUUCGACUACAUCAUUGUCGGUGGCGGUACCGCCGGCCUCGUACUCGCCAAUCGCCUCUCCGAAGACCCGUCCAACACGGUUUUGGUUCUGGAAGCCGGAGGCGCUCACUUCGACGACGCCAUGACAUCCGACCUAGGCGCGUAUCUGAAAGCUUUUGGCAACCCCGAGUAUGACUGGGGAUUCGAGACCGUCCCUCAAGAGAAUGCCGAUGGCGGUGUGUAUCCAUGGAACAGGGGUAAAGGACUGGGCGGCUCUUCGGCUAUCAACUUCUACACUUGGCUAAGGGCCUCCAAGGCCGACAUCGACGCAUGGGAAACGCUCGGAAAUCCGGGAUGGAACUGGGCCCAGUACUUGAAGUACUCGAAGAAGUCCGAACACUUCUUUUCUCCCGUUGACGAGUGCAAACCCGAGUCCGUUACCUAUGACGCGGAGUUCCAUGGGAGUGAAGGUCCCAUCGCUGUGAGCUUUCCGCGCGCGUACAGUGGCGUCGAUGAUGUGGUCAGAGAUGCGCUGCAUGAAGCAGGGCUGCCUGGGGUCACAGAUGCGCAAGCUGGCGCCGAUGUUGGAACCAAAUACGUUCAAGCGACCAUCGAUCCGCGUACGAACAAGCGAUCAUCCGCGCUGGCCUACCUAAAGCCCGUUCUCGCUCGGCCCAAUCUCGUCGUACUUGUCAAUGCCUUGGUACACAGGAUCGUGUUCAACUCCACUUUGGACGCGUCAGGACUCACCGCCACGGGCGUUGAGUUUGGAUACCACCAGAAGAUCCAUCAGGCCAACGCCAAUCGCGAAGUCUUGCUUUCCGCUGGCACCAUACAGUCCCCCAAGCUGCUCGAACUCUCGGGCAUAGGUAACCCGGCUAUCCUGACCGAUCUCGGCGUUGAGCCGAUCAUCGAUUUGCCCUCGGUUGGCGAGAACGUGCAGGAACAUCUGCACGUUGCGAUAACUUGGGAACUGAAGGACUCGCCACACUUACAAGAGAUUGGACCAAUCCGGACCAGCAGUGACAUAGAUCCAGGAGCAUCCUCGCCUCCUGGCUUGAUUGGGACUUAUCUCUUGCCUCUAUCGCAGACGAGCCUCUGCACUGGAGAUCUCGCCUCACAGCUCAAGUCAAGCUCUACGCGCGGACUGGAGGAGCAAUGGAAAGUACAACUCAAGGCCGCGAAGAACGGGUCGGGCAUCGGUGCAAUACUGAGCUUUCCAGGACAUUUGUCGGCCCCCAAUCCUCCGGAACCCGGCAAGAGAUACCACACUCUUAUCACUGCGCUGAAUAAGCCGUUCUCCCGUGGGUCCAUACACGCGACCUCUCAGGAUCCUGCUACCCAUCCGUCCGCGAAUCCCCGUUACUUUGAACAAGACAUAGACCUCGCCAUCUUGACGGACCUUACGAAGUUUGUGCGGAGUUUGGCGUUCAAAGACGAACUCGCCUCAGUCUUAGGUCAAGAAGUCAAUCCUGGCCCGCACGUUCAGACAGACGAAGAAAUACACGCAUGGAUCAAGAAGGCCAUGCAAACUACCUAUCACUCCGCCGGGUCGUGCUCGAUGCUACCACGGGAGAAAGGAGGAGUGAUUGACUCCAGUCUCAGAGUUUAUGGCACGCGGAACGUACGCGUCGCCGACCUGAGUGUCGUGCCUCUCCACAUCGGCUGUCAGACUCAAGCUACGGUCUAUGCAAUCGCUGAGCAAGCAGCAGAUAUCAUCAAGCUGGGGAAGGCGUAG